AUGCAGCAAUUCAUUGGAGCACUGAACCAUGACAGUCGCUUUAUCCAGGACUUUGCCGUCUUCUGUGCGGCGCUGUACCAGCUCAAGGACGAAGAUUUCGAAACCGAAAGUAAUCUGUCGGCGGCGAAAGAACGUUUUCGCGUGCUUCAGCGCAAAGUAGCUAAGGCACCGAUACUGAGGCAUUUCAACGACAAGAAGGAAGUGCAUGUCAUGUUAUAUGCAAACGAGUGGGCGUUGAGUGCAACCCUCAUGCAGAUGCAUGACGACAAAUUGCACCCAGUUCGGUUCUGUGGCCACGAAGUGUGCUACACUCAAUUGGCUGGAAAGACGUUGCAUGUGUAUACAAGAUACUCUACGCUGGCGUGGGUGCACAAGCCAGAGACCUUGUUUGGUCGCGCUGUGCAGUUUGCAGUUCUGCUGUCUCCUUGGCAGCUGGAAUCGACGACUACUAACUUUGUGGACCUAGACGAGUCGCUGGCACUGGUGGCUCCACCGACUAAAGGCUCUCCGCACACUCGGAUGGACCCCAGUCUACUAUAUGCGCAAUUACCACACGAUUACGCCGGACUUGUAGUUUCCUUUGACGUCUCGGCGAAGACCGAAAAGAAUGGUGGAUACGGGAGCUGUUCCUGGAUAGUGUGGAAAUUGCCCGAAUGGCAUAUAGUGAUCGCUGCGAGUGCCUACCUUGAGGUCACUACGCUGAAUAUGGCUGAGUACAAUGGGAUGAACAACGGAGUGGUUGCUGCGCUAGAACACGGAGCUGAGCAUUUAGUUAUAGUUGGUGAUUCAAGGUUGGUAAUCCAGCAAUCACUAGGGGUGAUCGCAUGUCGGAAGGACUCAUUGGUCGCACUGUUGAACCGACACCGAGAACUAACAGCCAAGCUGAAGUCAGUUCGAUACCUGCAUGUCAUGAAGAGUGAGUCUGAGAAUUUCGUUCAAAUUGCGCAAGGUAUAACACGACAAGCUAGUGUUCCAAGUAGUGAUAUUGCCGUACAAAGCAAGACAUUCACCGAUUUCGUGCCACGAACCGCAGCUAUGACUCGAAGCCAAGCUCGGAAGAAGAGCAAGAGAGUCCAUUUCGAGAAUGACCUGGAAGCCAUUGCAGUAGAGGCCGAGACUGAGGCUGAAGCACUAACCGACAACUCACAGGCAGAGGCACAGCAGACGAAUGCUGAGGCACAACACUCGCCAAAUGCCGACGAUAUCGACCCUAGCGACGUCGACGAAUUUCCAAAGAACAGGAUGAAGAACGAGAUGAUCGAUGUUUUUGCCAUCCUCAGAGGAGAAACCACGAUAAUGAGCUACAAAGUAGCUCGAGACGCGUGGAAAUGGUCUGACAAGUUUGUCCUAUCCAGCGAUAACAUACUCUACUAUGUGGGCCCAACUCGACGUAAGUCGGAAGAUAACCAACCAGAGUUGUGGUUGAGACUUGUAGUGCCGACAACAAUGCUCCAAGAAGUGCUGCAGAAUUGGCAUGACUCUAUUGAGGGAGGCCAUCAAGGUGUCGUUCGAUCGUAUCAGAGGGUGAAGCAUGACUACUAUUGGAUUGGACUGUAUGCAGAUGUGGAAAAACAUGUAAAGUCGUGCCUUGACUGUAGCUCGAGUAAGAGCGCACCCCAGCUCAAAGGCUACUCACCUGGUAACGUGCUUGCAGAACGACCAUUCCAAGUAGUAUCAAUGGAUUUCGUUAUUCCGCUGCCAAAGUCUCGUCGAGUCAAUACAGCCCUACUACUCUGGCAGUGCACGUUCACUGGGUUCGUCAUUACUAAAGCAAUGUCAGACACUGAUGCGCUAACUGUGGCUAAGGUCUCUGAAGAAUGCAUAUACCGAAGAUUCGGUGCACCUUCGUUGAUACGCAAUGACCGCGACCCUCGCUUCAUGAGCGAAGCUUUCCAAGCAUUUGCUGAAGAAUUGCUUCAGGCUAGGUCACGGUCUACAUUGAGCUAUCGUCCACAAGCAAAUGGUCAACAAGAGCGCUCAGUGAAGACAGUCAUGCAGUCAGUGAAAGUCUAUGACCCACUACAACAAGACUGGGACGAAAUGGCGGAACGACUCGUAUUUGCUAUCAAUAACUCGCAUGACAUGACGAGAAAGGAAACUCCAUUUUACCUAGUGCACGGCUGGGAUGCUCAUACAACUUUGCGUGCUAAGACGACCUCGCAGAAGCGUGGUAUUGGUAAGCAGCCAGAGGUAUUGGCCUGGAGACGAGAAAUUAACCGCCAACAACAAGUGGCACUCGAGAUGGCUAAAGAAUACCAGGCCACUGAGAAAGCAAGACGGGCACGAGAACACAACAAAAAGCUCCGCCGUAAGGAGCAAGUGGCUUGCCCGCAGGAGAACAUCGACAACCCGGAUGACGAUAGUUCAACCCCACAGUCUUUGUUCCAACCAGGGAACCGAGUAUGGCUUUAUAUGGACCGGGUCAAACCAGGAUUGGCUAAGAAACUUGCCCAUAGGUGGCAUGGACCGUUCCGUAUUAAACGCAAGGUGGAAGAGUUUGCUUAUGAGCUGGAAUUGUCAGACAAGAGUGGAUACCGAUUAUACCCAGUGGUCCAUGUGUCGCGACUGAAGGCUGUGAAUGAGUUUUGUGAUCGACCUAAGACUCGACUAGCGGAAGAUAUUACUGAGGAUACGCGACUGGAUUUCGACGAAGAACUACUACCUGAAGACAGCUGGGAACCGGACACGGCUGCUGGCGAAUUUGAAGUCGAAGCGAUUCUCAACGACCGAACUCCGAUGUCAACAAAUACUGAUCGUCCAGUGCGGGAGUUUGAAGUCAAGUGGAUUGGUUAUGAAGAAACGACGUGGGAACCAGCAGCGAAUCUCUCUUGUGGCUGUCUCUUGUACGAUUACUUACGAAAUAAAAGGAGCGAACAUCGUCUCCAAAUGGUCCAAGUCGCUGAUGAGGGCUAG